CAACAACGUGCGUCUCCUACCUAAAUCGGAUUCUCUCUAUAAAAGACCAAUCACCGCACACACUGACUCUGUGCGAAAUAUUUGCCUCAAUUAUUGUCCUUCACUCCUUUACCAGAUUCUCUGAAAGAUUCUUAUUAUUGGCAGCCUUCCGCGGACUUGCCUAUUUACAGUUGGCCCGUGAUUGAUUGAAGCCAGCGGCUGGGUACGAGGCCAAGAUGGAUGUCAACAACGGCGGCGCGUCGGCGUUGGAGCUGCCCGUGGGAAUAUCCUCUAUUAUCCCGGGGUGGUUCUCGGAGAUAAGCCCAAUGUGGCCUGGGGAAGCUCACUCGUUGAAGGUAGAAAAAAUAUUAUUUAAGGGGAAGUCUGAUUACCAAAAUGUUAUGGUUUUUCAGUCGGCAUCAUAUGGAAAAGUUCUAGUUUUGGAUGGUGUAAUUCAACUCACUGAGAGGGAUGAAUGUGCUUAUCAAGAAAUGAUUGCUCAUCUCCCACUUUGCUCCAUUCCAAAUCCAAAAAAGGUUCUGGUAAUUGGAGGAGGAGAUGGUGGUGUCUUGCGUGAAGUGUCGCGUCAUUCAUCUGUCGAGAAGAUAGAUAUAUGUGAGAUUGAUAAAAUGGUGGUUGAUGUUGCUAAACAAUUUUUCCCCGAUGUAGCUGUGGGGUAUGAUGAUCCUCGUGUGACGUUGCACAUUGGAGAUGGCGUUGCAUUUCUGAAGGCUGUUCCGGAAGGAACUUACGAUGCAGUUAUAGUGGACUCUUCGGACCCAAUUGGUCCAGCAAAGGAGCUGUUUGAGAAGCCUUUCUUUGAGUCAGUAGCAAAAGCUCUUCGGCCAGGAGGAGUGGUGUGUACUCAGGCAGAGAGCAUUUGGCUUCACAUGGACAUUAUUGAAGAUAUUGUCUCAAACUGCCGCCAGGUUUUCAAAGGCUCUGUCAAUUACGCUUGGACCUCUGUUCCAACAUAUCCUAGUGGUGUUAUAGGGUUCAUGCUAUGUGCGACCGAGGGUCCCCCUGUUGACUUUAAGCAUCCGGUCAACCCGAUAGAUGCAGACAAUAGCUAUGUCGAAACUAAGGGCCCACUAAAGUUUUACAACUCAGAGAUCCAUUCUGCGGCUUUCUGCUUGCCCUCGUUUGCCCGCAAGUUGAUCACAAGUUAGCCGA